AUGGCACGACGCACUUUCAACAAGGACAGCGCGGAGCCGUGGCCGAGGUGCGGCGGGGCUAACGGGUCCAUCCGCUUUGAGCCGGAGAUCAACCACGGUGCCAAUGCCGGCCUCGUGAACGCCCUCCAGCUGCUGCAGCCAAUCAAGGACAAGCACCCGGAGGUUGGGUGGGCGGACCUGAUCCAGCUUGCCUCUGCCGCGGCCAUCGAGCAGGCUGGUGGCCCCGUGAUCGACAUGAAGUACGGCCGGAAGGACGCCACGACGCCGCAGUGCUGCGUGGACGAGGGCUCCCUCCCCGCGGGAAACGCGCCCUUCCCCGACGCCGACACGCCUCAGGCCCACCUCCGGAACGUGUUCUAUCGCAUGGGCUUCGGUGACGAGGGCAUCGUGGCGCUCUCCGGCGCCCACACCCUCGGAAGGGCCAAAAAGGACCGCAGCGGUGAGGGAGCCGAGUGCACCAAGUUCACCGCGGAAGGCGUGUGCCCCAGAGGGGCGGGUGCCCCCGGCUGCGGAAAGCCCGGAGGGAGCGCCUGGACACCGAACUGGCUCAAGUUCGACAACAGCUACUUCGCGACUGUGCCGGACGAAGGGUGCGACUCUGAGCUGCUCAAGCUGGCGACCGACAAGUGCCUCUUCGUCGACGAGGGCUUCCUCCCCUUGGCCCAGAAGUACAAGGCCAGCCAGGAGGCGUUCUUCGAGGACUACAAGAAGGCUCACAAGAUGCUCGCAGAGCUCGGCGCUGUUUGGGAGCCUGAAGGCGGCAUUACUAUCUAAGAAGUUUCGCCUCCUGAAACGGUUCUUGGAAUGGUGGCCGCAUUGCUCGAGCUCCGCGGUGCCGCUUUUGUCAGCUCGGGUCGCUCUCGCCAACGGUCGAAUGUAACAUGACCGUUACUGCGAUGGCGCCACCGAUGGUUGUAGAUGGCGCGCACCCCAGGGAUAUUUUGAUAUGUUUUUUCUUGCUCUUUUAUCACAACGAAUCCAUCACAACGAAUCCAUCUCUAUCCACAGACAUGAGUCCGGGAUAAAUUUGUAAUGAAAUCAUAGCGUUUAUUUCGGAAAAUCCGCCGAUCGGCAUCUUCUUCAAAAAGAAGCCGCUUCUAAUAGUGUUGCCCGUCGUCUCAGCGGAGAGUGAAGUCCUAGGAUUUCUUUCUUCGUAGGUUAUUGGCAUGGUCGAGGCAGUCUCUGAAAUGUGGGUUACAUAGAUGAUGCGGUUCAUGUGCAUAUAGCAGUAGUUUCGUGGGAGCCGCGUUGGGACAUUGGGUUAGAACUCGCCCCCCAAGGGCGCGCUCUUCUGCCACGUGUCCCCUGGCGGGGAUGUUGGUUGUGCCCCUCUCUUUGAUACUUUGUUGCAUUUUCUUUGUUCCCCUCUACACGUCAACGUUUGUCCCGCCACUACGGUGGCGCGCUGCCUCCUUCCACCCCUCCAUAAUGUGCGUCCGUGCGAGGAUGGUGUUCGCUUUUGCUGCCGGCGCGUGUUGUGUUGUGCGAUUGGCGGGUGCUGAGAGAGCUGAUAAGGCUUCGCCGACGAUAGACAAACACCCAUCUCUCGUGGGAAGGAUAAGAGUUUGUUGCUUGAUGCAAUGUGGGGAGGGAACACCCGGGGCUCAGCCGACUCCCGGCGUGGCGCGUGGGAGUUAUCAGGGUGUCCCUCUUGGAGUUGUUGUGUGGUGGGUUCGUGGUUCUGCUCCCGAGUUGGGACGGUGGGCUCUACAGUACGUCCGUGCGUCGCCCCCUUUCGUCCUGACCACUUGUCCUGACCGGAGUAUAUGUUGUAAACUGUAGUGCAAUGUCGACUGCAGGGGCUUGAAGGGGUGUGUGCAACCGUUGGUGAUGAAUGAGGGCAAUAUAUGGAUACAACCAACCUCGCGUUUUGUGCAAGAAACAACGAAAGC